UGGAGACAGCCGACCUCCCUCAACCAGAAAAAGUCAGGCGCGUCAGACCGAAACUUCGGUAGCUCUUCUCGCUUCCUGCCAUGCUCCGAGCCGCGGCUCCUCUCUUCUUGGCUGCCGACGCACCGAGAGCGGGAGCCCUCCAGCCGCCCAACCCCUGAAGCGGUCGCCAGCUGCGAUAGCGAACAAGUGCAACCUCUUCCUUCGGGCGGACUGGGCUCAAGCCGCCGCCGCCGCCGCCGCGCGCUGCUGCUCUUCCUGCCUCCGCGCUUGCAGCGGCAACGGGCGGCGGGGUUGGUGGAAAAGGCGGAGGCGGAGGAGGCGAAGGGAGGGAGGCGGGGAGGAGAGAAUGGCAGCAGCCGAGGAACCCGGAGCGGCACCAGCAACAGGGAGCAGCAGCAAGGCCGGCGAAGGGGAGCCGGCGUCGUCUUUCCAGAGCCGCCUGUGGAGGAGCCUGCAGCUGGGGGGCAGGGGCAAGGGCAAGGGCAGCGGCAAAGCGGGAGCCGAACGCCGCAGUGCGGACACCUCGCCGUCGCUUCCUCGGAGUCGCGUCACGGAGCAGCCGGCCAAGGCGGACUUGUUAGCAGGGGGAGUCAGCGUCGGCGUCGCCAGAUGGGCCGCCUUGAGGCGUCGAAAACACGUGCUGGACCGCGUCUUCUCGUCCUCUCAGCCCAACUUGUGCUGCUCCUCCGCAGAGCCCCUGGAGGCUGUGAGCGCCGAGGCCGGCUCUGCUCUGCGCCGCCUCCGCGAGCAUCUCCUUCACCAUCCUCAGGGCAAAGCGGGGCAGCAGCAGGGCCGGGGCCCCGACGACCCGCCCGCCUCUCCUUCCUCGGCCUCUUCGGCGGCUGUCCCCGAAAAGGACCGGGUAGUAGGCGAGGAUGGAACCCUCACAACCGAAGCGCGGGAGGAGCCUCCGCAGCCGCCCCGACUCGGGGCUCACCUGUCCCAUCAGAAGAGCUCUUCUCUGCCCGGCAACACCGCCUGCCUGGAGCAGUUGCUUCAAGACUCGCCCUCCAAGGGCAAAGCCAAAGGGCCGGAGGGAAGCGGCAGCCCUUCAGUGAGUCCUCGUUCUUCGAAGCUAUUACAGAGAUUUGGUCUUGCUGGGACAAGUAAUGUAGAAUUACCACCUGCUGAACCAGGAAUGUACCAGUUGGAUAUUAUAUUAAGACGAGGUACUAAUUUAGCAGCUCGUGAUCGAAGAGGAACAAGUGAUCCAUAUGUCAAAUUUAAACUUGGCGGAAAAGAAAUCUUUAGAAGUAAAACAAUCAGUAAAAAUCUUAAUCCUGUUUGGGAGGAAAGAACUUCCAUUCUUAUUGAACAUUUAAGGGAGCAACUAUAUAUAAAGGUUUUUGAUUAUGAUUUUGGACUUCAAGAUGAUUUCAUGGGGUCAGCUUUUUUGGACCUGAAUUCCCUAGAACAAAAUAGGCCUAUUGAUGUUACAUUGAGUCUGAAGGACUCACAUUAUCCUGACCAAGAUCUUGGGACUAUACUGUUAACCAUGUUGCUGACCCCAAAAGAGCAGCAGAGGGAAGGGACAGUGCUAAUGAGGAAGAGUUGGAAAAGAACAAGUAAGUUUCAGACCCAGAGUAUACGUCUGUCGGACCUGCACAAAAAAGCUCAGCUAUGGAGAGGAAUAGUCAGUAUCACUUUAAUUGAAGGUUGUGGACUCAAAGCCAUGGACUCAAAUGGGCUGAGUGAUCCCUAUGUGAAAUUUCGGCUGGGACAUCAGAAGUACAAGAGUAAGAUAAUGUCAAAAACUUUGAAUCCCAGGUGGAGAGAACAAUUUGACUUACAUCUUUAUGAGGAACGAGGUGGAAUUGUUGAUAUUACAGUAUGGGACAGAGAUGCUGGCAAAAAGGAUGAUUUUAUUGGCAGGUGCCAGGUUGACCUGUCAACUUUAAGCAAGGAGCAUACUCAUAAGCUAGAGCUGCCUCUGGAAGAAGGCGAAGGGCAUCUGAUACUGCUGGUUACAUUGACUGCUUCAGCUGCGGUCAGCAUCUCUGACUUCUCAAUGAAUGCCUUGGAAGACCCAAAGGAACAGAAAGAAAUCCUAAAAAGAUAUAACCUAAUGCAGAUGUUUCAAAACAUAAAGGAUGUGGGAUUUCUCCAGGUAAAGGUCAUCAGAGCAGAAGGUUUGAUGGCAGCUGAUGUUACAGGUAAAAGUGAUCCAUUUUGUGUAAUUGAAUUGAACAACGAUAGAUUGUUGACCCACACAAUAUAUAAGAACCUUAAUCCCGAGUGGAACAAAAUCUUCACUUUCAAUAUUAAAGAUAUCCACUCAGUUCUUGAAGUGACAGUUUAUGAUGAAGAUCGUGAUCGGAGUGCGGACUUCCUAGGCAAAGUGGUUAUUCCAUUAUUGUAUAUUCAAAAUGGUGAACAGAAAGCCUACGUUUUGAAAAACAAGCAGCUGACAGGGCCAACAAAGGGGGUCAUCUAUCUUGAAAUGGAUGUGAUUUUUAAUGCUGUGAAAGCCAGCAUCCAAACAUUAAUGCCCAAAGAACAGAAAUAUAUUGAAGAAGAAAACAGACUAUCUAAACAGCUUCUUCUAAGGAACUUUAUGCGUAUGAAACAUUGCGUCAUGGUCAUUAUAAAUGCUGCCUAUUUUAUAAAUGGUUGUUUUGAGUGGGAGUCACCACCAAGAAGUCUGGCUGCUUUUAUGCUUUUCCUUAUUGUAACAUGGAAUUUUGAGCUGUACAUGCUUCCACUGGUCUUGUUGCUGAUGUUGGUGUGGAAUUACCUCUUGGUCAUAUCAGGAAAGGAUAAUCGGCCACAUGAUACUGUAGUGGAGGACAUGCUAGAGGACGAGGAAGAAGAGGAUGACAGAGAUGACAAGGACAGUGAAAAGAAAGGAUUUAUGAAUAAACUCUAUGCCAUUCAGGAAGUGUGCAUAAGUGUUCAGAACAUCCUUGAUGAGGUGGCUUCUCUUGGAGAAAGGAUUAAGAAUAUAUUCAACUGGACUAUUCCAUUCUUAAGCUGGCUGGCCAUUGUUGCUCUCUGUGUGUUCACAGUCAUCCUGUAUUUCAUUCCACUGAGAUACAUUGUCCUUGUCUGGGGCAUCAACAAAUUUACAAAGAAACUCCGAAGUCCAUAUGCGAUUGAUAACAACGAACUACUUGAUUUUCUUUCCAGAGUCCCUUCAGAUGUGCAACUGGUGCACUAUCAAGAACUGAAACAAGACCUUUCUCACAGCCCAAGUAAAAGGAAGAAAAACAACCUUAGUUAGUCAAUUCCAUGUGCUGGACAGAUCAGCAUCUGAACAAGGCAUCACAUCAUCUGAGGAGAAUUCCUUCUCUUUCUAAUUUUUUGUUUAUUUUCUUUUGGGUAGUGAUUCUUUUUAAAAUUUGGUAAUCUUAAUGAGAAAUGUGUAAAUACUGUACAGAAAGAUUUAGCAGGGAAAAAUAUUCUUUCCGUUGUACAGAACUACAAUGAAAAUUUGAAAUUUAGCUUAUGCUUUAGCUUUCUGGAUGAGAAAAGCCAUCAAUAGCAUGAAUGUGGAAUGGUACAUGACAGGCACAUACAAAGGAAUAAAGAUGUGUUAAAUGUAAUUUAAUUCAUGCUAAUUAAUAUUAAGAAACCAAAUAACUGAUCUUUUUAACCCAAAAAGGAUGUUCACUUUAAAGUUCCAUUUUAUACAUAUUAGUAGACAUGCAGAGUAGAGCAAAUUCAUUUAUUUUAUCCAUCAUUGCUGCAAAUAACCAGAUAUUCUAAAUUAACCAGAGCUUGCUGGAAGUAAAUGAGUUACAUGCAACAUGCAAAUGUUUUAAUGGAUCUCCAAAGAUUUAAAGGAUUUCUUGAUACUUUUAUCAUUCCACCGCCAGGUUUCGAAAAAAAUAUUCCUAUCUCUAAAAUUACUGCCAGAUUUAUAACUGAUUCCAUAUCUAAUUUUUAUAAAAACUUUAAUCUUGAUUUGUAAUUGUUAGCCUCAUGAACAACUUGCAUAUAUUUUGUAAGCAAAAUCAGUUUUAAACACAUUGCUUCAGAUGAUAGGUAAUGAACAUCUUCUGUGCACCUUAGUAAUACCUUAGGUUUACAUUGUUCUAAAUUUUUAUAGGAGUCAAUGGAAACACAUUGCAGGCAGAUUUUUUUUUUCUUUAAUUAAUUAGUGGCCUAUUAUAUGCAAACCGUUUUCUAUAUUAUUGACAAUAUGGAAGUUUAAGCUAUUGUUAUUACAUAACAAAUAGCUUUGGAUAUAUAGACUUAAUGACAUAUUGGAAUCUUGAGUUGAGCCAGUAUACUUUUUUAAAAAAGCUUACCACAUAAUUUUUAUACAAAACUUUCAAGGGGAUGUAAAGAAGAUUAAUUUGUGACCUCAGGGGGAAAAAAAGUAUUCAAUAUUCAAUAUUUCUCUUGAGUUGGGGUUACUCCCCAGAUUUUAUUUCACUACUGCAAUGGAAAGAUAUUAACCCGUAUAUUUACAUUAAAAUGUGACAAAGGGAGACAUAUAUUCCUUUUUAUCUAUUCUUGAGCAUGUCUCAUGAAAACUGAUUUUGGAUUGUGUAUUUGUUGGUUAAGAGAUCUGUAAAUGGAUCUUGCCUAAGUAUGCAGUCUGCUUGAUAGAAUACUAAACUACAGGGAAAGCUAACCCUGAACAUGUUUCUUGAAUAGCCAAGUAAUUUUGAUAUGCAUAUGUAUAAAGGAAUUUUCUGGUUGCUUAUUAUUGAUGGGCAAUAUUUAAUUAAUGAAAACAAAAACUUUUAUUGAUGUGAAUAUUGGGGAAUAGAAAAUAACUCUAGAACAUUAUACUAAUUUAAAAACUUGUUGCAAAGUAUGUGAAAGGUUUUUCCCUGUGAUGUCAUCAUUUAUUAUUAUCUAUUACCUUGUGGGCAUACAUUUCCUGCACAAAAUACUUAUUCAUGCAAUUAAAUAUGAGUUUAAACUACA